ACGUCCGGAGCCGCAAGCGCUACGUAUACGUAUAGCGCGAAACUCGCCCGCAUCAGUCUCGCAGACGCAGGGCUCCCGCGAUACACAUUUUGCCUCUCGCGAAUUCCUCGCUGUGAAUUCAGUGCGCUACGCAGUCUUGCAAAAUGUGAUUUGCAACGUUCGUGGUAUAACAUUAUGAAGAUUGUUUGCAGCGGGACUCGAGGUGCGAGCAUUCGUACGAUCAUCAGAGUGAUGCUGCUAUAGUGACCGAGCGCGAUGACAGUGGUGCAGAGAUGAGGAUCGAACCGUCACACUGAGAUCGCUGUGUGGAUAGACACAGACACGGAUUGUUCUCUUCAUCUCUGAGAAAAUUGUCGAGUGGAUCAUCGCGAGGCGGCUGCGUCAGGCUCGAGAAGACUCGGACCGAAUGGUACGUGGCGAGCGAUGCCAGUGGGAUAAGGCCGACAUGGCGGCCGAUCUCUACCCCAGCAGCUCCCUCAAGGGUGCCAACGAUCACAGGGUCGCAGGCGACAUGAGGCACCAGCAUCCGCAACUCAAGCAGAUGAAAAGCGGCUCGGCUCUCGCCGUCGCGGCUGUACCGACGACGCCGAGCGUCAAUCAACAGCCAUGCGAUGACGAGCAACGGCUGCGCUUUCAGGACAGUCGGUUCCUCACGACCCUCGUUCUUGGCAGAAACAGGAAAAUCUCGCCGGACAUCCUGCCGUCUUGCUCGCAGGGCGUUUUCCGGCAGCACUCGUUUCGUUCGUCCAUCAACCUUUCGUCCAGCCCAACGACGAAUAGCAGUGGCAACAGCACAACCGCGAGUAGUGCCAGGACACAAUUGCUGGUCUCGUCGAAGAACACGAUAAAGACUUCGCUGGCAGCGCUUCUGGCCGACAACAAUCUGCCCAACGCCAUCAAGACCCGUAGGUCGACGUCGGAUAGACAGACGUUGAAGCAGCAGCAGCAGCAGCAGCAGCAACAACAACAGCUCGAGUGCAGCGUCUCUGCGUUGCGCAGCAGCGGCGGUGGCGGUGGCGGCGGCGGCUCGAGCUCCUCCUCGUCUACGUCGACGCAGCGCAGUAACAGCAGCAGCAGCGGCUCGUCGAGCAGCUUCUCCCGGCGCUCGCGCUGCUUCGGCUACACAGCACUGGCUAACAAGAUGGCGUCCGCGAGCAGCAGCACCUCCUCGCCGCCCGUCCAGGGCUGGCCUAACGCUAAGGACGACUACGAGCUCCGAGAGGUCAUCGGUGUUGGAGCAACUGCAAUAGUUCACGCAGCAUACUGUAUACCUCGCCAGGAAAAGUGUGCAAUAAAGCGAAUAAACCUAGAAAAAUGGAACACGAGCAUGGACGAGUUGUUGAAAGAGAUUCAAGCAAUGUCCUCCUGCAAUCACGAAAAUGUUGUAACAUACUACACAUCAUUCGUUGUAAAAGAAGAGCUGUGGCUGGUACUGAGAUUACUUGAAGGUGGAUCUCUGCUAGACAUUAUCAAACACAAGAUGAGAACUACCAAUUGUAAGCAUGGAGUUUUCGACGAGGCAACGAUAGCAACUGUACUUCGGGAAGUACUCAAGGGCCUGGAGUAUUUCCAUAGCAAUGGCCAGAUUCACAGGGAUAUCAAGGCAGGCAACAUACUUCUGGGAGAAGACGGUACCGUACAGAUUGCCGACUUUGGUGUGAGCGCGUGGCUGGCGACGGGUCGUGACCUCAGCCGGCAAAAGGUUCGGCACACAUUUGUCGGCACGCCCUGUUGGAUGGCGCCCGAGGUCAUGGAGCAGGUGAGAGAGGACCACGGUUACGACUUCAAGGCCGAUAUCUGGUCACUGGGUAUCACUGCGAUUGAGAUGGCGAGCGGUACUGCUCCGUACCACAAGUUUCCACCGAUGAAAGUUCUUAUGCUCACGCUGCAGAACGACCCACCGACCCUGGACACAGCCGCUGACGACAAGGACCAAUACAAGGCCUACGGCAAGACCUUCCGGAAAAUGAUUGUCGAUUGCCUGCAAAAAGACCCAACGAAAAGACCAACGGCGACUGAACUUUUGAAACAUCCAUUCUUUAAAAAGGCAAAGGAUAAGAAGUAUCUGCAGCAAACGCUCGUCGCUAUUGGACCUAGUUUAGAGACUCGAGUACAGAAGGCAUCAAAAAGACAGCCGGGAACAAGUGGCCGACUGCAUCGGACCGUCACCGGUGAGUGGGUUUGGUCCUCAGAGGAAGAGAGUGGCGGAUCUAGUGGCGAGGAGAGCAAGGAGGCGCUUCCGAUCAAUCAGAUCGAGCGAGACAGUAGCGACGACGAAGGUCCGGAUCAGGACGACUUCUACGGCCACGACAAGACCUCACAGCAGCGCAACACGAUGCCCAUUGACAAAAAUGUUCCUAUCAACCUAGUACUCAGACUUCGAAAUCAAAAACGUGAGCUCAACGAUAUCAGAUUCGAAUUUGCCGUGGGCGUUGAUUCGGCUGAAGGGAUCGCCGCUGAGCUAGUCGGUGCCGGUCUUGUAGACGGCAAAGAUAUUGUUGUGAUAGCAGCGAAUCUUCAAAAACUCAUCGACAGCGCUGGACAGAUUCGUACUGUCACGUUCCCUCUGAAUUCGGGACACGCCCCAAAUGAAGUGCCCGAUGACAAAGCGUUAAUUGGAUUCGCCCAGAUCUCGAUCACGGAUUAAGUGUUACUUGACGUUUUAUGUUGUACGUUUAUUUCUUAUGGACUUUACUUUACGUCAGUAAAGCGAAAGAGUUUCGCCUCUUUUUUACCCACGUCAAUGACUAUAAAUCGAAUCAAAGUAUUAUGAGUCAACAAUUCAUAACUGCUAAGAUAAAUGACGCUGGAUCAUUUUUACUAAAUAAUCAACGGUGCGAUUUACAUAAAACUAUGUCUUGUUUAAUUUAUGUGAAAAAAUUAUCCGUGUUAUGAUUUAUUAGCACGCUAAAAUGGGUUAAAGAAUUGUAAUGAAUCGCCAUUAUUUACGCUGAUCUUAGAUUUUGAAACUCGCACGAUGACACUUCACAAUAUUUAGUUUUGCUUUUUUUUCGUUCUUGGUAUUACUCUACCUUCUUAGUUUCUUUUUUUCAAUGGACGUUUCAAUUGUGUAAAUACUAGCAAUAAAACAGGUAGCUUUUCGCUUUUUAUAAUCAAACGAAAAGCGUCAGAGAAGUCGGGGGAUGAAGUAAUAAUUGUGUAAGACGAACCUAAAUAGGGUACAUGAAAUGUAUCGAGCUUGAGAAGAAAAAUAAGCAUCUUCGAUGAAGCUGAGAAUUUUAAUUAAAACUAUGCGCACUUUACAGAUUCACAUCUACUUCAUUACACGAGAUGCAAUUUUGUCGAAUACCCUGCAGCAUGCUUUUUUUCUUAGGCAGUAAGAGGGAUGCGAAAAGAAGUACGACAGCAAAGUAAACGAAAAAAUCCUUUUGUACUUAAUUCGAUAGAGUCUAUUAGGCACGCAUCGUCUGCCUUUGUAGAUUAUGUGAAACUUGUAGAAUAACGACGAUGAGUAUAUACGCGAGACAACACGUGUCCAUGCUAAAUUUACUUUCUUCAUUUAUAAUUUCUAUAUUUGGAUAAGAUACGCUAAAAUUAUUUGUAUACAAUAAGAUGUAAUUAUCACAUAAUACACACCAUUUCUAAUUUAAUCAAAUCAACUCGCCUUUCUAUGAAGUCUAUUAUUAAUCCUAGUUAUCAUCGUUUAUUCAGUCGAAGCCAAUUACUAUUUUUUUAUUUAAAACUAGAUUUUUCACUCUUCUCUUUAUUUGUUAAAUCAUUAAAAAUCAAUUUGAUUGUUUAUUUUUUUUUAUAAGACCACCGAAAUAUUUUUGAUUGUCAAAUAAUUGUGAAAUGCGGGAAAAGAUUUGUAAUGGACGAAUUGUUAAUUUUAUUUUAUGUAAUGAAUCGAAAAAUAAUUUAUAGAAAAAGUCAAACCCGAUUAUCAAUAUGAAUAUUAACUAAAAACUUCAACAAUUUUUCGUAUCGUAUAUAAUAAAAAUGCUUAGUCUAAGCUUUUCAAUCUUAUUCAAACAAAAUCAACAAAUCUAUAUUCUUAGUACAUAUAAAAAGCAAUUUUUUACAUGGAAAAUUGAGUAACGAGCGCACUAUUGUGCCGUGUAGCUCGUGAAAUUUAUAAACGAUGAGCUACAUGGGCACAAAGAGCAUAAUAAUUGUAGAAUUUAACACUAAGCUGCGAUCGUUAAAUGAACAAAAGUUGAUAAACUUCUCUGUAUCGAUAAAUGUAUAGCUGCAUUACGGAUGGCACUAUGAAAAUAUUGUACCAGACAUUGUGUAUCUCAUAGCAUUUCACACAUUUUUUUUUUUCGAACAUUCAAAAUCUCUAAGUCUGGUGAAAAAGGAGUGACAGAUUCUCAUAAGUAGUUAAAAACAGAAAUAAAUAGAGGACGUCGAACUCGCUUCAGGCCUACGUGAUCCGUAACAUAAAUAUUGUGCCUUAUCCGAAACAUUAGUCUCAAAAUUUUAGACGACAUAAUAAAGACUUGAGCAUCUGAAUAACGGUUAGAAAUUGCCGAAGGGAAAAUACAUGCAACCAUAUAGGUAUAGUACAUACUACAUUGACACGCGCGCUAAAAAUUACAAUUUUUCAUCAUGUAUACACAAACGAACGACACGAAUGAAUAUUCACACGCAGCUUCGCCGAAGCAGUGCCAAAAGAAGUGUGCUGUAUGUAGAGAUUAUGAAAAAUUCAAAAUAUUUAUUUGUAUCAAUGAUUAACAUGAAGCAACACCUAGCAAGUAAAAGAUC